AUGAAGUUCUUCUCCAUCAUCCUCUCUGCUUGCGCCGCUGGCGUCCUCGCACAAAACGGCUGCGGCUUCCCCGAUGGACCGGAUUGCAAGUCCCUCGGCAAAGGCGCCAACGGUCUCGAACAAUUCGCCGAUCCCGAUGGAUGUUGUCUGUUGCCCCUUCGUUGCGGCAACGGAGACGGUGGCGAGAGAUGCGAGCGCGUGAGCGGCGCUAGUGCGGGCGACACCGGUAACAACACCAACACUGGCAAGAAGACCAGGAAGAACAACGGAAAGAGAAGACUCUAG